AAAAAUUAAAAACAUUACAAAAGAUGGGCAGCAAAUCUAAGUCCAGAUGGUGUAGAAAUAUGAGAAAUCAAGUCAGGAUAGGAGUCAGAGCGUGUGAUAAAGAGUUAUGAAGGAUCAGAAGUUGCAUAAAGGAAGGAGACUGAUAGAUUCAUUCCUCUUUUGAACCUCAUAUUUUCUCAUUAAGAAUUUUCA